CUUCACCCCACACCCCUGGAGGGUACAAAUGUCUACACAAAUCCCCAACCACCAAGGAGCGCACAUGAAGGCAUCGCAAGUCAACAUGGCCGCUGCUACGACGACAACAACAAAGGCCAAGCCGGCCUCCAAGGCUGGUGGCAACGCCAACCCUAAACAAAAGACCCAGAUGCAUCGCCGUUCAAGGACAGGGUGCUACACCUGCAGGCUGAGGAGGAAGAAGUGCGACGAGGGCUCGCCAAUAUGCACGGCAUGCAGGCACCUCGGCCUGCAAUGCGAAUACAAGCGGCCAAUGUGGUGGAGCAACAACGACAUGCGGAGGAAGCAGAAGGAGGACAUCAAGAUGAUCAUCAAGCGCAAGAAGCUGUCGGAGAAGUCGACGCACACCCACACCCACACUCACACGCACACCAUCCAGACCGCCGUCGGCUCGCCGCCGGGCCUCUCGCACUCGCUCCCGACGUCGGCGACCUUCUCCGACCCGCUCGACCGCGCGCGAUCGGCCUCGAUCGACUCGCACUUUGGCUUCAACUUCAACAGCCCGCAGAGCUCGCACGAGUACGAGUACGAGUACGGGCCGUUCACGCCCCAGAUGCACCCGGACUUCAUGUUCUCGCCCUACUCGCCGUACGAGAUCGACGUCAAGACGGAGAGGCAAAUGUUCAUCAACGACGUCCCGACGCUGCGCGAAUCCACGACGUCGACCUUCAGCACCUACGCGACCCCUCCGCCGCCGGGCACCGUCCUGCCCCCGUUCCCUCUGGAAGGCGAAUGGACGGAGCAGGUCUACUCGGAACGGAGGGAGUCGUCGCUGACCGAGGAGACGCUCAACGUCAACUUCUUCGACUUCUCCCACGGGCCGGCGGCCGCCUCCAGGCAGGUGGCCAUCGAGCUGGACGAGGGCGACCAGCGGCUGCUCGACCACUUCGUCCGGUCGGUGCUCCCCACCAUCUUCCCCAUCCUCGAGUCGAACCAGCACGGGUCCGUCAGCUCGGACCUCAUCCUCCCGGCGCUGGCCAACAACAAGGGUUACCUGCACUGCUGCCUGAGCAUCGCCGCGCAGCACUACAAGGCGGUCAUGGGCCUGCGGGGCGACGAGAUCGACGGCGACAUCAUGCGCCACCGCUACGCGACCAUCUCGGCCCUCUGCGACGCCCUCAACCGGGACGAGAACCACCAGCAGAUCCUCGAGGCCGCCCUCGGCCUCAUCUUCUUCCAGUGCGGCGUCGGCCGCUUCGACGACUCGCUCCCGGACAUCCCCUGGCACCAGCACUUCCAGGCCGUCGUCUCGCUCGUCCAGAAGCUCGACCUGCCCCGCAUCGUCUCGGACCCCGGCGAGCCCCUGACGCAGGCGCCCUUCAACAUGACCCUCGCCGCCUGGAUCGACAUCCUCGGCGCCACCAUGCAAGGGCGCGCCCCGACCUUUGCCCACACCUACCGCGAGAAGCACCUGUCGGCCGCCAACCCGUCGCUCGGCCUGCGCGAGCUCAUGGGCUGCGAGGACCGCGUCAUGUACCUCAUCUCGGAGAUCGCCUGCCUCGAGGCGCUCAAGCGGGACGGCAUGGACGACAUCACGCUCUGCCAGCACGUCCACGUCCUCGGCGACCAGAUCGGCCUGACCGAGAUGGGCGAGGGCGCCCCCGUCCUGCCCUUCAACGCCAACGGCUCCCUCAGCCCCAAGCAGCUCAGCAAGAACAUCACGGCCGCCUUCCGCCUGGCCGCCCGCAUCUACCUCUGCAGCCUCGUCCCGGGCUUCUCCCCGCUCCAGGACAGCUGCGUCGGCCUGGUCGAGAAGCUCACCUCGGUCCUGCACCACAUCCCCUCGGGGCCUAACGGCUUCGACCGCUCCCUCGCCUGGGUCUACCUCGUCGGCGGCUCCGUCAGCCUGCCCGCCUCCUCCUUCCGCGCCUUCUUCGACGACCGCGUCGCCCAGCUCGGCGACCUCGCCAACUUUGGCAGCUUCGGCCGCGUCGCCUGCCUCCUGCGCGACGUCUGGCUGCAGAACGACGCGCCCCAGCCUUCUUCCUCCUCCUCUUCCUCGGCGAUGGGGAGCUCGUCUUCUUCUUCAUCAUCAUCGUCGUCGCCCCAACAACAACAACAAGAACAUCAGGAGGUUCCACAGCAGCCGCAACCGCAACAGCAGCAGUUCGUCCACUGGCGGGACGUCAUGCAGAUGAAGGGUUGGGACUACCUGCUCAUUUGAGAGACCCCAACGCCCCCACUCUACAGGCGCAUAAUUAGCCCAAAUCUGCUAAUUGCUGUCUUGAAUGCGCGCGGCUUCGCUAGUGGCUGGAAUGGCCUCCUU